GCCGAGGUUUGACUGAGGGGCUGCGGCUGGUGGUGUUCAAAGGCUAUAUACAUCAACAACGCGCCUGCAGACGCGCAAAGAACGACGGUGCUGUAACAUGCGCAGGAAGAGCCAUGCCGGAUGAUAGCAGCGCCCGCAAGGCCACAUCCAGCCAACAAUCGCAAUCGCAGCAGGCAUCGUCCCGAGCAGGCCAGAUCAACGACCACCUCUCCUCAUCCAACGACUCGUCAUCCAAGGACUCCAAAUCGACUUCAGGCCGACGUAAGCGCGCAGGCAAGAAGGAUGACUUGCCCGCGGAUUACUCCGACCUCCUUGGUCAGAUGGACACGAUGCGAAAGUGGGCGCGCAACCCCAGUUCAGACCAUCCGGGUUACAGGCGACAGAAGGAAAGCGGCAAGUUGCACGUAAGGGAGCGCAUUGCUUUGCUCUUGGACAAGAAGUCUUUUCGGGAGAUCGGGAGUGUGUCGGGCAAGGUGAAGUGGAAGUUGAUUGAGGGGAUUCGAGAGGAGCCGGAAGAAUACACCCCGUUCAACAACCUCCAAGGUUUUGGAAAACUGCGGGGGCGCCAGAUUGUGUUUACUGCUGACGACUUCUCUCUUCGCGCGGGUCAUCAGGAUGGUCACCUCAUGGAGAAGACGCUAUACACGGAGAAGAUGGCCAUUGCGCUGAAACUCCCUAUGAUCAAACUCUGCGAUGGUUCAUCAGGAGGCGGAUCCGUCUCUUCGAUUCAGAAACAAGGCUACUCUUACGUCCCUCCCAUGCAGGGCUUCGACCUCGUGACGAAACAAUUAAACAUGGGCAUCCCCAACCUCGGCGCCGUGCUCGGGCCCGCAAUAGGUCUCGGAGCCGCACGAAUCGUCAGCUGCCACUUCUCCGUCAUGGCAGCAGACGUAGGCUCGCUCUUCAAUGCGGGCCCGAAAGUCGUCGCAGGCGCCACCUUCGAAGAAGGCCUGUCUUUCACCGAACUCGGCGGGCCGGCGAUGCACUGCACCAACGGCACCAUUGACAACUACGCCGAGACGGAAGCCGAGGCUUUUGAGCAGAUUCGCACGGUGCUGGAGUACCUCCCGAAUUGCGGGACGAGAAUCCCUCCCGAAGUCACUUGCAAUGAUCCCGUCGAUCGCGAGUCGCCUGAACUUCGCUCCAUUGUGCCACGGAAACGAGAGAGGAUGUACAAUCCGCGAAAGAUCAUCUCUACCGUCGUGGACGAAGGUUCAUGGUUCGAAAUCGGAGCGCUAUGGGGACGGACGGCGAUCAUCGGGCUAGCAAGACUCGGCGGCAAACCGGUUGGCAUCAUCGCGAACAACGCCGAAGUGGCGACCGGGGCGCUGGAUGCAGCCGGCUCGCAGAAGAUCACGCGCCAUCUGAAGUUCUGCGAUGUCUUCAAUUUGCCCGUGUUGCAGUUUGUCGAUGUGCCUGGGUAUGCUAUUGGCACUGUGGCGGAGAGGACGGCGACGAUGAGAUGGGGAGUGGAGCUCACCAAGGCGUAUUAUACGACUACGAUGCCGCUGUUCAACGUCAUUGUCCGCAAGGUGUAUGGAGUCGCGGGAGGGGUGAUGGUGGAUUGCCGAGAGCCUAGGUUGAGAGUUGCCUGGCCGAGUGGUGAAUGGGGCAGUCUCCCCCUCGAAGGCGGAGUAGAAGUCGGCCACUCCGGAGAACUCAAACAGAUCGAAAAGGAGCAAGGCCUGGAAGCGAAGCAGAAACGACUCGAGGAGCUGACCACGAUGUACAAACGGCUGAUCAAUCCUGUGCGCACGGCCAACCACUUCAGCAUCGAGGAGUUGAUCGAUCCUGCCAUGACGCGGAUGGUGGUGGCGGAGUGGUGUCGAAUGGUAUAUGAGAAUGAGUUGCCGGAGCGUGUUAUGAGACGUGUGAGCGGAGCAUUGCAGGUGCAGUACGGUUAGACGUUGCUGUGUUGAUCUUUGAUGUUCGUGCGAGAUGGAGCACAACGGUACUAGUCGGAGGAUGUUGAAUGAUAAAUGCAAUCUCAGAGUAGAGGCUUAUCUCCUACACAUCUCGAUCAUGUACUUGAUCCCGACGUUGCAAUGCCC